AUGACUGUCUACUCUUUUUAUAUCUUUGACCGCCACGCGGAAUGCAUCUACAAACGCCGCUGGUCACCUCGGCCGGUGUCUAUCGUGGGGAAGUCCUCUCGAGCCUCAGAAGUCCCGAAUGCUGGAGCAAGUGCGUCAGGAACUGGCCAGACAGUGCGAGCCACAGACGAUGAUUCCAAAUUGGUCUUUGGUACGGUGUUCUCAUUGCGGAACAUGGUGCGCAAGCUGGGUGGUGAGGAAGACAACUUCGUGUCAUAUUCCACCAGCCAGUAUAAGCUUCAUUACUACGAAACCCCGACCAACAUCAAGUUCGUCAUGCUGACGGACCUCAAGAGUCCUAGCAUGCGCAUCGCCUUGCAGCAGAUUUAUAUCAAUCUGUUCGUCGAAUAUGUGGUCAAGAACCCUCUCUCCCCCACGGAGCAUCCGGGAGGCGUAGGCGUGAACAACGAGCUUUUCGAAGAGUCAUUGGAGCAAUUUGUGACGCGAGUUCUCUCGUGA